AUGGAUCAAUAUCCUGAUGAGAAUGAAGAGUUUGAGCUGCAGUACCAGGAUGAAAUGGAACUGCUCGAAGACAUGCCGCACGAGUAUGACGCUGUCGACAACGGGCCGAGCACAUCUCGUCAGGCAGCAGCUGCGCUCGAGCAACAACAACAAAAAGCAAACACAACUGUUGCGGGCUUCAAAGAUGUCUCUCGCUUUAGCGACUCCACGCUGAACUCUCCACAGCUGUCACAGAUCACAUUUGGCGCCAGACAAAGUGACUCGGCUGGCGGUGGACCCGUCAAUCGGCGUCUAUUUGGUACGCCCAGGGGGCCGGCAGUGGGACGCGGCUGUUCGACACCAAUGCAGCGCAUGCCGCCUAUAGAGGAAGUGCUGACUCCGACUGUCGACAGGACAGCGCCGCUGCUAAACGCCGCCGCAGAGCAACUGCAAGAACUGGGCCUAAAAGCCAACAACAAGCGCCGGCUGGAACGAGAUCUCUUCGGCGACAUUGACGAUCUGUACCACGAGAGCUACGAAGAUCCCAUGGUGAAGAAGGCGCGCACCGAGGAGCAACGCGACAACGAAGCCAUCGAGCGCAUACUUGAGCUGAGACGUAAGAUGCGAGAGUCCAGCAAAACGGUGCGCCAGGAUGAGGUUUCACGUUUGCGUGCGCUGCACGACUUCAAAAUGAAGAAUCUCUCAUACGAGAUACCCACCUGGCCAUUUAUGGCGCUGCAGCGCAGCGACCUGGAGCGCCUCUAUGUGCGCUUCCACUCGGAAGAGUACGAGCAGCGGCAACUGGAGAUGCUCAGCGCAAGGGACAACCUGACAGGCAGCCUACUGGGCGAGGCCAAGCAACAGGUCUGGCAAGAGGCCAACGAGCUGGUGCUGCGACGUAUGGCUCCACCAACACAGCUCGUCAAUCCCGAGCCAGUUGCUCCCAGCGUCGACACUGGACGGCUGUGGGUGGACAAGUACAAGCCGCGGAAAUAUAUCGAUCUGCUCUCGGAUGAGAUGACCAAUCGCAGUCUGCUCUAUUGGCUGAAGAUGUGGGACAAGGUCGUCUUCGGCAAGGUCUUUCACAGCAAGCAGGAACAGCAGACAGCCAACACUGGAGUGGCAGCCAGCCAGCAGCUGAACAGCUUCAACAAGCGAACUGGCAAAUUCGAAUCGAACGGCGGCUGGCGACAGCGCAAAGCGCGCCAAGCGCUUAACACCAAUGUGGAUGAGCUGGGCAGACCCAUGCAAAAGGUGGCACUGCUCUGCGGCCCACCCGGUCUGGGCAAGACCACACUGGCUCACACAAUUGCCCGGCAUGCUGGCUACAAUGUGCGCGAAAUAAAUGCCUCCGAUGAUCGCAGUCCCGAGGCCUUCAAGUUGGCUCUGGAGAACGGCACACAAAUGUCGUCGGUGCUGAACGAGGACAAGCGACCCAACUGCAUUGUGCUGGAUGAAAUUGACGGCGCACCGCGUCAGUCCAUUGAGUAUCUGGUGAAAUUCGUCAGCGAUGGCAUCUUCAGCAAGGCCAAGUCCAAAGGCGCCAAGGCGGAGCACAAUGUGCUGCGUCGACCCAUCAUCUGCAUUUGCAACGACAUCUACGAUCCCGCCCUGCGACCACUGCGUCAAAUUGCAUUCGUAGUCAGCUUUCCGCCCAUCGAUGCUGCGCGUCUGGCCGAGCGACUGCUACAAAUCGCGCACAAGGAGCACUUGAAAACAGACUUUGGCGCACUCAUCGCAUUGGCUGAGAAAUCGGGCAACGAUGUGCGCAGCUGCAUCUCAACCAUGCAGUUCUUCAACGCCCAAAAGCAUUGCCUAACGCUUCAGGAUGUGCUCAACAACAAUCUGGGUCAGAAGGAUCGGCAUCAAGGUCUGUUCGAUGUAUGGGGCGCUAUCUUUAGGAUUCAACGGCCAAAGAAGCAGUUGCAACAAAGCAGCUCGAACAAUGCUGAGGAAGCUGCUCAGGUGACCAUGACGAACAUGUCCGUGGCGACGCGAGUGCGCAAUGUGCUCGAUGUGGUGCACUCCAGCGGGGAUUACGAAAGGCUCACUCAAGGCGUCUAUGAGAACUAUUUGCAGCAAAGGAUGCCAGAUCCGAAUUUUACGGGCAUCUGCGAGGCGCUGCAAUGGUUUUGCUUCUCGGACGCGCUGCAGCAUCAAAUCGCACGGCAGCAGAACUACAGCAUCUAUCCAUAUUUGCAGUACGGUUUUGUGGUCUGGCAUUUGCUCUUUGCCACACUCGCCUGGCCGAAAAUUGCAUUUCCCACGCGUGGCUUUGAGUUCAAUCAAAAGUCCACGAACCAGCGCAACAUCUUUCAAUCGCUGCGCAAAGGCAUCACCACAUCAGCUCAGGGCGUGGGCCAAGGCAACAUUCUGCUGCUGGACACGGUGCCGCUGCUGAAGCGCAUUCUCUCGCCACAGCUGCGCUCCGUGGCUGUUCAACUGUUGUCCCAAAAAGAACAAUACGAUCUGCGCCACACGAUCCAAGUGAUGGUUGAUCUUGGGCUGACCUUCGUCCAAGUCAAAUCGGCGGAGGGCCAUUACGUGUUUCAAACCGAACCGGACUUGGAUACGCUGUGUAGCUUUCCAGGUUUUCCCGGACUGACGUUGCCCUACUUCAGUCGCCAGUUGAUAGCACGCGAAGUGGAUCUGGAGCGCAUACGGCGCGCCGCGCCCAAAGGUGGUUCAGCGGACAAUGCAACAAAGAGCGCAGCAGCUGGAGCAGCUGGGGCAACGGGAGCGCCUGGCUCGAAGCAGAAGGCGAUUGCAGCGCGUCUGCCGAAUCAUUUGCAAACAUUGAAGCCAAAGCAAAUAAGCGACUUCAAUGCGCCGCCCAAGCAGCAGCUUACGAAAGACUUCUUUGGCCGCGUCACGCACAAGACAACAGCAGCAGCGGCAGCCGAGGAAGCUAAAACUGAUGCUAUUGUUAAGAGUCCCAUAUGGUAUCGCUAUAAGGAGGGCUUCAACAAUGCUGUGCGAAAAGAUGUGCAUCUAAAUGAAUUGCUUUAAGCAGUUGAUUAUUGUUACACUUGCUAUUAUAAAUAUAUUUAUUAAUUAGCUGA